GCAUCAUCGAAAAGCAAAAGACAGUGCGGUAUUUCGUGAGUCCCCAGUUACUGAGUGAGCGCCGCGUAGUGUGGACGGACUGACUUUGGAAAUUUACUCUAUUUUGACAGAAAUGUCUCGAAGGACCACCAAGCGACAUCUGACGGAGGCGGACGAGUAUAAAUGCCCGCUGUCAGCUGAAACGGCGGCGAUUGCUGAAGAGGAACUGAGGGAGACGGAGAAUGCCAGAUCCCAGGCGUUAGAAGCGCUGAGGAUCUGGCUGGAGCAGAGCCCCAAGUUCAUGGCUGUGAGAAUGGACUCAAACUUUUUGCUCCGGUUCCUGCGCACCAAGAAGUUCAGUGUCCCAAUGGCCCAAGAGGCAAUAGAGCGGUACAUGCUGCUUAGACAGUCUUGGGGCAUUGCCUUCAAUCAGCUCGACUACAAACUACCUGUUAUCAUGGAGAUCCUUGAUUUAGGGUAUAUUUUUGUGAGUCCCUUCAGAGACGCGAAGGGCCGUCGCGUUGUGAUAUACAGGCCUGGUGUGUUCGACCCGUACAAAUACACGAACCAAGAUAUGUGUCGGGUGAUGGCGAUCGUGUAUGAGACCCUUAUGGAGGACGAGGAAGUCCAGGUGCGGGGAUUGGUGCAUUAUGCUGACGGUUCAGGAGUCAGCUUCCCGCAUAUGACACUCUUCACGCCGAAGGAAGCUGUGAGGAUUGUGAAGAAUGGAGAGCGCACCAUCCCCCUAAGACACAAGGAAAUCUACGGCGUGCACGUGCAUCCAACGAUCAAGUUUGCCCUCGAUUUCGGCAUGGGUCUAAUAUCGGAGAAGAUCCGGAAGCGAGUCAAACUAUACACAGCCGUGGACGACGUGGAGAUAGAUAAGAGCGUGCUCCCACAGGAAUACGGUGGCAAAAUGCCCAUGAAGGAGAUGAUUGAACUCUGGAAAGAGGAGAUGGAAGCGAAACGCGACACUCUCCUCAUGAACGACAAGAUGGCCGUCCGUUUAGAGUUGUAUAGCGAAGCGGCGCGAGAGGGCGCUAUAUCCGCGUUACGUGCAGGCGCGAAUACGUGCGCGGGCGCAGACGCCGUUGGCGACGCCAUGAGAGGACUCACGGGCAACUUCAGAAAACUAGAAGUAGAUUAAGUGGUAAUUACACCAACGCCUGUUGUUAAAGCUACGCGUCUACUGUAUUGGAAUCAGGACUCACAUUUGCCAUUUUGUAAUUAAUAUACUCUGCGUACGGACGUGCAAUGCCGUAUUUACAAAAUGGCAAAUAUGCUAUUUUUGACGACGCACUGCACGCUUCACAACGACGAUGUGUGCAACGGAUGCUGACUUACCGUACAGUCUGACUCCGAUCCAGUGGACACGCAUAUUAAACAUCACCUUUAAGGUGAAACCGCACAAGCGAUACGACACUUCGCGACCAUAAAGUUAAUAUAAUGCUAAGUACUCACAUACCGUUUUGCUC